GUUCAUACCCGCUGGUCUAGAUAGUCUGGGAUGCUGGGAUAACGCCUUAAGGAUAACUAGGCGCCAGUGGGAUUUAAGACGUUCUCGUUUGGACAACUACUAGCACAGUGUUAAGAAGUGAAGCUUAGGUGCGCGGGAGGAGGCAAGGGUGUGCGCAUGAGAAGUGAGACUUAAAGUAUGUUACGAGUGUGAAGUGCCAUAUAUGAGUACAUACGUAUUACAAGUGGAGUGUUGGUGAAUGAAGUAGUGAUCCCAAACAACACGUUGUUAUUCUGCUGCUUCUCGAGGCAGGACUGGUCUGGGCUCGAGGACGUAAGCAAAGCGACACAGUCUCUGCAUGCAUCAGGCCUGACGUACGUCUCAGGCCAAAACCUGACACUGGCGCGACAAUGAGCUGACUUCCCCCCUCCUGUCGUCCCCUGUGGGCUUUACAGAGAGGUGUUAUUCAACAGCCAGCGAUGCGGUGCUUUUCUCUGUGCUCGCUCAGGCCUCCUGCUAUGUGUUCUUGAAAAAUUACAUGAACCUUUGAGUUACUUGCCGUAUUCGUGUACUGACAUCAGUGAGGACUUCCCGUAAAUCCACAUAGCAAACAGGUGUGAGCGUAGAGGUGCGCGUAAGUGUGGCGACGCGUGGCGGUGAGCGUCAUGUAGCUGGCAACACCCAACCACGAGCAUUGUAGGGUGGCGGGACGAGCCAGGUCACCGCCUUCCAGGAAGGGUCAUCACGACCCUUGUCUCUUGUUAUUCAAUGUGGGCAGUUGGAGUGCGAGCCGAGGAGGGGGUGAGAGGUGGAGAUGGCUUGGAGGAGUGAUGUUGCCACCACUUAGAAGCGUGUGACCGCAGGGUGAGGUGCGUCACGCUUGUGAGCACACUGGCGGCGCCCUCCCCGCACCCCACCGUGGGUGAAGCAAGAGCAAAAGGUAAUGGAGGGGCGGGCAGGAGGCCCUGCUACGCUUCCGGGCAGCAAGGGCGCAACCCUGCCAGGUUAUCGCGUGCGUUAUAGUGUUCGUCUCGCGCCCCACGAUGGCCCGGGAGAGACUGUGCCAGCCCGACGCUGCUUGGAGGGCGACCUUGGAGGGCCGGGAAAGAGCCGCGUGGUGAACCAGAGACCAGAACAUGGCCCUGUCUGUGAACCACUGCUAGUCAUCAAUGGGCCUGAUGGGCCAGGGAGGCAGGUGGGUCUCGGUGAAGGCGAGCGAGGCACUUCCUCGCCCCUACACCUGAAGGAAGCACAUUCUCUCCUCAAUAACAAGUGGACGCCCCUGACGGUACCCUCGACAACCUCUCUGUUGCCUCCGUCCCUGCCCCGCCCACAUCCACUUGGCCCGAGCUUCAACACCACUCCCCGGCCGUACGUGACGCCUUCCUCUGGGGCUCGGGCUUCAGCACAUCAGAACUCUGAUAAUGUAUGCAAUGACAACAGGAGUGAUAAGAAAAAUGGUGCGGGUGGGUGGCUCCGGAUGACGGCAACAGAUGGCGCGGAUGUCCAUCCUGCCACCGAGGCUAAGACGGCUCAACUAAAAUUAUCCUCUCUUCCCUCGGCGGAAGGCACGCCAUCUUCCCCGCGGGGGACGGCGCGCCCUGUGCCGCCCCUCAACUUUCACGGUGACACAGCCACGUUCAGGAGCGAGGCCACUAUCGUGGUGACCCAGGUCAAUUUGGACCAAGGGAAGAAGGAGAGCCUUAAGACUUGCUCACCUCUUUGCCAGCGGCGGGGCAUGGGGGCCCUUAGCUUGGCCGAGAACACUGCCGGCCAAGGGAAAACCUCAGGAGGGGAUACGAGCGUCACUUGUGCUGGCGAAGGCUCGACCCUAUUGGAGGAGGUGAGGGCGGGCGGGCUGCCUCCCCCCGCCGCUAAAUAUACGUGUUGUGUGGCGGGCCGCUCCCCCCGCCACCCGCUGCCCCGCCACUCCACUAUGUUUAGCUACCCGGGCCCGGCGCGCCCCGCCAUCCCCGAGGAGCCCGUCAGUGCGCACCUCACCAGUGACCAGAACAGUGCCCGCCCGCCUACCACGCCUAGUGACGCCCAUGGAAUUGCAGUGCAGUGUUCGGUGCUUCCAGGAGAAGGGGGUGGUAGUGUAGCCUCGGGGGGCAGCGGUCAUGGGGACCGUGUGGCCCCCCCGGCGCCAGUGACUAGCCAGGCCUGUGUCCCCACCACCACCACCACCACUACUACCACCCACUCUACUCGGAGGCCCGUCAGACCCAAACCAGAAAUACCUGACCAUUUGUACCUCCGCUGGGCCGCUCUCCUCCCCCCUGAUGCUGUCUUAGAGUAUCGUAAAUCCAGACUUCACUCCGAAGUGGGUGCGGGGGCCCCAGGGGGCAUUCCCGCCCCGUCAGAUGAGGGCCAUCAGCCGGUGACAUCGGCUGACCUCGCCCGACCGCAAGGAGGGCUGCAAGACACCCGGCAGGGACUCCAGCUUCUCACUCCUGGAAAGUCUGCCCAGUCCCCACUGGGCGACCCCACCGGCGAGCUGGGAGGCGGAAGGAAGGACGGGGGCCGCGGGCCCCCUCCGGCACGCCCCCCCAGGUCUCGACAGAAUCAUCUAGAAGAACUGCGCAAGUGCACUGAAAGACUGAAAACUCCGUCCCCAGACAAGAAGGUGCGGGCCGACUCUGCUCCCCCACCUGAAACGACGGCAGUAACAGUGGCAGCUGCGGCAGCAGCUGCAUCGGUGGCGGCAGCGAGUGAGAUACAAGACGGGGCGGGAACGGGGCGGGGCAAGGUCAGGAGACGUAGUAAUGAGACGCGACCUACCUUGCAGCGCCAUCCUGCACUGGGCAAAAGCCCCAGCCUACCACCACAAUUACCUUCGGCCAAAGAAUCGGAAAUUGUUGUGUCGCCGGCCAGCGGUGGCAGCCAGAACACCAAGGAAGAGCCACUUCGGUCCAUACGGAAAGGGGAAGAAGAUUUGUUUCAAGAAGAAAUGACGAAGCUUCCGCCUCGGCCGCGUCCCGAGGCUCGCGUCGUCAUCCCUCCGCGAGUCAUUACCUUCAGAUCUGCGUCUGUUUCGCUGUGUAAGGACUACUUGGGCUCCAACACACUACCCAAGCGGAAGCCUGCCGUGGAAACGAAGGAAGCGGAGAACACUGGGGGCGGAUCUUCUCACAUCCACGCUCCUCUCACUGCCGCUGCUUCCAUCAGCGACAUGACCAACGUCGGGGCCAAGUCUGCGCUCUCUCAGCCUGAAAAACUCGAUACCAAGUCUAAAUCUGAGAGUGAAUUAUCCUUGGCGGGAAGGAGGGGAGUCAAAGGUGCUCUUUCGGAUUUGAAAGAAAGUUUCCGGAAAAAACGAGUGGGAUUCGGCAGCGUUCGUAGUGCGUCGGAGGAAGACAGCGAGGCAGCAGUAAAAGGAGUGAGCUUGGGUGGGGAGGGGACAGGCCACUCGUUGGCCACUAAAGGUGUUACUAAAGGUGACUGUUUAAGCGAACAGAAACUAAAGGAAUGUAAAAACAAAGACGAAAAAGCUAGUGCUUUAAAAAGUGAGAAAAGAGAAAACGGCAAUAAAAAGGCAGAAAAAGAAAGAGAUGGGAAAUGUAAUAAAGUUAGUUUUUCUGAUGAAGUGAAAGAUAACAGUUUGGAGGAGGACGGAUGCGAGCUGCUGCACCUGAACCACCUGUCCGGGGAGCAGGGGGAGGCCCGCCAGCCCUCUGUCGUCUUUACUCUCGGUGACCCUCCCACGAGUAACGAGGCUCCCACACCACUGGACACCUGUGGCCAUCGAGGGGUGGAUGCGUUACCCGAGGAGGGCGGGGGACAUGAUAUGCUGGUCGGGAAGGGAAGUGCGAGAGAGAGCGAGUCCCGCGCAACUCCCGGUCCUGAGGCACGCGCGGGACCUGCUGGUGCACUCACAGCUCCGGUGUCUGUUAGUUUUAAAAAUGCUUUGCAUGAGAGUGAAGGUGUUAUUCCCCCGGGCGGGGAUCUGCCAGCCCCUGGGGGACCGGCUCCCCCAGGGAACACUCCUUCACGUGGAUCCUCAUCUUUUCAACACCCGGAGCAUUUGUCUAGUCAUGCCUCAGUGGAAGUGCCUGAAAAUACUGACAGGACUCAGCUGUCUGAACUGGACAGUAAAAGGCGCAUUUACUUUCUUUUGGGUAAAGUUAAGGGUGGGGAAGGGGAGGAAGUGCUAAAGCAGGCGUCCGGCCGUCAAUUAGAGUGCCAGGUGGUGCAAAAGGAUCCACGCCCCUCACAGUGCCUCGUCAUUAAGGCCGGGGCGCGAGUUGGUCGCAUGGUCAGAUCCGGCCCGCGCCUCCCUCGUGAGGACUCUGAUGGUGAUAGCGGCGAGAGAGACGCUACUCCCGCCUACAUGACGCAGAUGAGUGACGACGGAGCCUUCGGGGAGGAGCUGAAGAGUCAGGACCAAACCUCUUCAGACUCCUCCUCGCAAGACAGUGUCGGGGCAGGCCAGGAAGGAGGGACGCCAGGCUCUGAGGCACUGCAGGACGUUCCGCUCAGACCAGCCUUGUGUCGCCAUCGAAGUUCAAUGGAGGAAAACGAUGAGCGGCCUCAUCCUUUUCAAACUCCGAGAACGAGUUCACAGACCAGCGACAUCGGGUACUCGCCUGAGGAUAAUGAUGGCACGAGAGGAUUUAGGGCACGAGAUGACAACAUGGAACAGCAGAGCGCCUUCUCUCCGACCGAUCCUUACUUAGGCGAGGUCACACACUCACCAGAGGCCUACCGCAUGCUCCUGUUUUCCGAUUCUCGCGUCAUGGAUCGCGCUGAAAGGAAGAAAAAACACCGCAGUGAUCCCAGCUGUGAGCGGCGGGCCAGCAGCGAAGCUCUACGCUACCUAAGUGAGCCGCACCUGGGUGCCGCCAGGGCUCGUGGACCUUCAGACCGGUCAUCAGGGAAAGGCGUGGUAUCUCAGGCCUCCACAGACUCCGAGGGUAAGGACGAGCGAGGGGAGCAACAGCUCGUCAGUCCCCAGCGGGUAUCCACGCCGCAGGUCCUCUUAAUCGGUCACGACAGCGACGGCUCCGACUACCCACCGUGUCGGACACCUGCCAGGAACGCUUCUCCAACACCAUAUAUGCAGGACAGUGACUCUGGAGAGCGCAGCGCCCCUCGUAGUCCUCAUGUCCCCCGAAGAUACUAUAAGAGACCACUAAGAGGUCCUUACGGGGUGUUGCUGGAAGCAGAAAUGAGUAAGUCUAAGGGGUCGUCUUACCUGGCGGAGGACACUUACUUGAGGGUGCGGGAUGCCAAGAGCUGCUCUCCCCGUCCGCCUUCCCCUGCCUCCCCUGCUGUGCUACUGGUCCAGCAACCCUCCCUCAUCAUCCCCACCUGUCGAUCCUACGACGACUCAUCUAUCGCCAUUAACUACGUCAGCAGCGAGCGGCCACCGCGCCACAAGGUCAGUGAAGAGCCGGAGUUGGACACAACAUCUCCCGGAGCGACCUCGCCCGUGGCCAGCGCCUGGGAAAGUGACGGUGAAGGUACUCGCUCCCCUGUGUCCCUCGCUCCCAUCCACCAGCGCACUGUUUCGCCCUGCGAGGGUGGCUUCACAUCCGAGGACGAACAGGAGUUGGUGGGGUACUACACCACAGCGAGACUCCUCGAACAGAACCACCAACAGCAAACACAAGAAAAACAACUGCAGCAGCAACAUCAACAGCAACACCAGCAACAGCAGGGUAAAGUACAACAGCAACAACAACAUGAAAAAACGCACGGACAACAACAGCAAUCGCUACAGCAGAGUAUGCGACAUCAUCAUCACCAUCAGCAGCAACAACGGCAACAGGAGGAUGAGCAAGAGCAGCAGGAGCAGCAGCAGCAGCAGCAGCAGCAGCAGCAGCAGCAACAGCAGCAGCAGCAGCAGCAGCAGCAGCAGCAGCAGCAACAACAACAACAACAACAACAACAACAACAACAACAACAACUACUACAACAACAACAACAACAACAACCGCAACAACCACCCUCAUCGGUGCAGGAUGAGAAGCUUUUGGAUUUGGGGGGAGAGACGCGCCGGCACGCCGAACACCGACACUCCCAUAAACGACACAGGGACACUCGAGCACACGUGGUCGGGGAGCUCUACGAAACGGAGAAAAACUACGUGAGGAACCUCAACUUCCUCUUGACGGUUGUUUACGUCUGUGGCGGCGGCGGCGGCGGCGGCGGCGGCGGAGGGGAUCGUACUGCGCGAGUGUCCUUCAGAGUGCGACAGAUGGAGAGAGGCCCGGACUACAGCGCCAUGAUAGACUCCAACCUCGUCGACGAUAUCUUCUACAUGGUGCCGGAAAUCCACGUCCAUCACGAGAGGUUCCUGGAGGACCUGAGACAACGGCAGGAAGCUCGCGAUGCUAGUCUCUGUGUGGGCGAUCUCGUCCUGCAACUGGUGAACAAUCCCAAUGUGAUGGAGUCUUACACAGCCUUCACCAACAACUGGAAGACAGCACAGGAGGCAAUCAAGGCAGCAUCCCAGGCCAAGCCAACCUUCAAACACUUUUUGGUGGCCAGGGCCAGGGAACACCAAGGAAAGCUGGAUCUCAAGGCUCUUUUGAUCAAGCCUGUCCAGCGCUUCCCCCAGUAUGAGUUAUUGCUCAAACGCCUCCUGAAGCACACCAGCAGGGAACACCCAGACCAUGCCCUGGUGACAGAAGCAAUAGGGAUGGUGCAGCAAGUGGCCAGUCGGAUCAAUGCUGUGAAGGAGGAGGCCCUCCAGCAUGAACAACAGCAGCUGUGCCUCAAGGAGCUAGAGAACAUCAUCGAGGGCCUUGUGGGGCUGGUCCAACCUGACAGGACCUUCAUUCGCCAUGACCUUGUCACUAUGCAGUCUCGCCUUGUCGCUCGCAAGGAACGCUGCCUCUUCCUCUUCUCUGAUCUCCUUGUCAUCACAGCUAUAAAGAGACGGUCAGCCACUUUGAGAAAAGGCUCAAGUUUACCACUUACAGUCGUGAAUUCUGUUGAGUCCAACAAAUUCAAGCUCUCAAAAUUCAUUCCACUAGAUGACUUGGACAUAGCUAGGUCACGAGAUGAGAGCAUGAAAAAGUUGGCUCGUGAGAUAGAGGCACUCAAAGAGGACUUGAAGACAUUACAGUACAUCUCCAAGCUGAGCAAGACCCUGCGGUGUCCUCGGGGGUCCAUGGAUGAGGUAAUACAGGACAUGAUCACUCAGGUACAGAAGCAGCUGACAGAGAGACAAGAGACAGACUCCCAGCUGAUGGAACUUGAACUUACAGUCACCACACAAGAAGUGAUGGAUAAUCUGACAUUCAUGUUCAGUAGUGCUGAGAAAAGGGCGAUGUGGGAGGAAGCAUUCAAUGAUGCUAAGCACAAAUUAGCCAUGUCAGCUGAUCGGCGACCUCCUCCUGAGUUCGUAUCAGCUCUUCCAAUUAGGAAAACUCGGGCUGGCCUUCAGUUUACAUGUGCCACCGCCACUCUUGGUCUCAAUGCUCACAACCUGAAGGAUGUCUGGGUCUGUAACAGUGAUGGAUAUGUGGGGCAGGUGUGUGUGCUCAGCCUGCAGCCAGACCCAACUGUGGCAUGCUGCAAUGGAGUCUGCAAUGCUCGAAUCCUGUCCAUUGCCUCCAUCCCUGCUGCCCCCCAGUCCAAUUUCAGUGAUGAUGAUGAGGAUGAGGAGAUGCCCAUCGAUGAUGACAUGAGAAAACGGCGGAGUGAGUCACUUCCCCCUGAGAUGGGCUGUGACAACUCUGAGAACCACCAGCCCACCAUGUGGCUCGGCACUGAGGACGGUUUUAUCCACGUAUACAACUGCUCUGACACCAUCAGGAUCAAGAAAAAUAAGUUUAAGUUCCAGCCAGGCUCUCCUGUCCACUGCAUCAUCCACCUAGACAACAGAGUGUUUGCAUCACUAGCCAACGGGGACAUCAUCAUCUACCGGCGGGACAUGUCAGGGGAGUGGAAUGUGGCUGAGAGGCAGGUGGUGAGCAUCAGCACAGCUGCUGCUCCUGUUACCAAGAUGAUGGCAGUGGCUGGAAAACUUUGGUGUGCCACCAUGAACACCAUCAGAGUUCUAAACACUGCAUCUCUGCAAGUGGAGCACUCCUUUGUGGUGGGUGGAGAGAAUGGCCGAGGUGUGUCCUGCAUGGUGUCUGCUGGCCAUGGAGUGUGGAUCUCCAUGCACAACUCUGCAUCAGUCCGGCUGUACCACACAGCCACCUAUGAGUGCCUAUGUGAGGUUAAUGUUGCCCCAGCUGUCACAAAAAUGCUUGCAAGCUGUGAUGACAUCAUUCGGCAACACAAAGCUGCCUGCCUGCGGGUCACAUCUCUCUUGGCGUGCCGGGACCUGCUGUGGGUGGGGACCAGUGCUGGUGUUAUUAUUACAGUGCCACUGGCCCACAAUACCCACCGCAUGCAGGCACCACCUAACAUGGUUGGCAUCCCCUAUGGCCACACAGGACAUGUCAGGUUUUUAACUAGUGUGGAACUCACUCCUGAGCCUCGACCUUCCCGUCUCAAAGGUCACCCCAGAUAUUCCUUCAAGGGCAAAGACCACCCACACCACCAGCCGGGAACGGCUGCACCUGCCAAGCUGCUGGUCAUCUCCGGCGGUGAUGGCUAUGAGGACUUCCGCAACUCUGGCAUGUCUGAGGUGGCUGGGCGGGAUGACUCCACCAACCAUCUGCUGCUGUGGCAGGUGUGAAGGGAAUAUCAAGUGUCUUUAGGUGGAUGAUCUUUCUGAAAAUAUCAAAGAAUCCAAUGGAAUGGCAUCUGGUGGGUGUAUCAUGCAACCUUUGAAGUGGGUAUUGCAUUAAAGCAUUAAAGAUCACUGAGGUGAAACAGCUUCUGAUCUCUUAUCAGAGGUUGCUGCCGAAGAACCAAAGGGUAAAAUAUUACCUGCCUGGGUACCAAUGUUGUUUUUUGUGCAUAACAUCUUCAACAACUGAGUUCACAUCUAUGUUACUGGAAAUGUAUAUCAUGGGAAACCAAAGAAGACAUUUAGUGUUUUCUACUCAACCAAGAUGGAUGUUAAAAGUUUUGUGUUUGAGAAACAAAGAAGCUUAAAAGCUAUGAAAGCUUUCCAAAAAUUAUCAAUAAGAUUUGUGCUUUUCUAAGAUGACAAAGCAGAAUCCAAAGUGCCAAACAGAAAGCAUUUCAUACUGGGAUUCUUAAUAUUACCUCCUUGUCAGGGUUGGUCUCCUGAGUGAGUGAGACAUGAGCUAUGUGAUUCAUGAGUUGUAAUGUAUGUUUCAGAAAUAUCCCAGGUAACUUGUCUAUGACCUAUGACUGCUCCAUGGACACCAUUACUGCUCUCUCCCUAAAAAACACAAAAAAAUCUAUAACUGUAAAAUAUAUAUACAAAGCAUAUCAGCUUAUUGUUGUAGGAAUAUUACAGUGUUAUAUGCAUAUGGAAGCCUGACACUUCUAUCAUGCAAAUGUGGAAAUCAUAAAACAGUUAUUUCUUCAGUGUACUUAAAAUAGCAAGGAGAUAAAACUAUGACCUCUAGCCUGCAUUAGCUCUACCUGUGCCUGCCUUAGUGAAUAACAGACUUUGUGAUAUAAAACACACCAACUUAGUGAUGUUCAUUAGCAUUCUAUGACAACGAAGAGUUUUGCCUCAGCUGGAGACCCUCAGAUCUGGGCUGUGCAGCCAAACACCCUCACCUGUUGUCAAAGAUUCCUGGUGCACAGGCACAAUCUGACUCUUUAUAGCAUCAUGAUUAAUAAAAGAUUCAUAUAUAUUAAAAAUCUAGAAAACUACAAUAAAGAUGUAAAAUAAAUAUGGUUACCUUGUAUGUAGGAAUAAAUUGAUAACAUUAUUUGAAGUUUGAAAGACAGCAGGUUAAAUCAAAUAAGCAGGAAUCAAGACCUGUGUUACUGUUUCUUGUGCUAGAUGCAUGGCUGUCUAUAAAGUAUUUAAAAUACUUUUAGGUCAAAAUACUUUAUCCAUUUAAGUGCUGGAGACAUACAUUUAAGAGUUAUGGUAAUUGGAGAGAAGUAUGUAUUAGAUCAAUUUUAAAAUUGUAGACAAGUACAUACAUAUGUAUUCAGGAGAAUACACAAGUAUGUAUAUAGGUAAUAAUGAGAUGAAAGUAAUGCUUAUGCCAUCAAAGAUCUGAGUGAAUAGCUCAGCCGAAUCCUCUGACUAGGUAUCAGAGAAGUCAGUACAGUAAUUUACAUAAUCAUGUAGACUUUGCUCUGACAUUAAUGGUUCUGUAUAACAUUAACCAUUAAUAGUCAUCCCAUCAAGUAGGCACAAGUUAUUAUUUCCCAAAAGAGAUGAAUGCUUGCAGCUUUAGUCUCUUAACAUACCUAUAUACAUAUAUAAAUAUAAAUAUAUAUAUAUAUAUAUUUAUUUAUUGGAAUUGAUUGAAAUAAAGUGAUAUUUAUUGUGUCAUCUUCCUAGAAGAUAUCAAUUACCUAUUUUUUUAUGAAAGUAGGUGUUUUUGUAUGUUGAAAUAUGGCAGUUUCUUAAAGUAUGAAAUGAUUAAAAGUUUUAAAGUUUGUUCAGUAUGUAAUAAUUUGAGUUGCAUCUUGAGACUUCUUCCAUACUGAUGCACUCAGCUUGCCUUUUAUCAGUUCCACAUGCAACACCUAAUAUUUGUGCAUUCAUUAAUUUGCUCAAGAUGUAAUGUUAUGUAAAUCUAUAUGUAUUUCUAUUUCCAAAACUGAAAAUCUUCAGCUUUAUGUGAAACAAAAGUCUCUUAUUAGUUUCUGUGAACAUCUUUAAUAUUACACAGCCUCUUGGACCUUUUUUGCAUUUACACAUUCAAUUAAUGUGUAUUUUCUUUUAUAUAAUCUGCCUAUUCUGUCAUGAUGGAAGCUGAAGCUGUAUAUUUUUUUGGGGAGAGCAUGUCCCUGAUAUGUUAAUGAUUACAUAAUGUGCAGGUUUUUGUUGAUGCUGUAAUUUGUUACAAUGGAGUUAUGUAAAAUUUUAUUUUCUUAAUGAUACUGAAUUAUGGAUCAUACGAUUAAUGUGUCUCGUUACAUGUGGCGUGUGAGGUCAGUGGUUGUGACACUCUUGUCCCCAGAAAGUUUCUGACUCACACUUAAGCACUGCACACCACACUGAUAGAGCAGCCAGCAGUGAUCUCAAUCCUGGCAGGUCACACACACACACACACACACACACACACACACACACACACACACACACACACACACACACACACACACACACACACACACACACACACACACACACAG